UCAGUAUCGCCACAUAAGUCGAGUCAGACGCUUGUGUGCAUUCAGUUAAGUAUGUUAAGGUAUUUGUCAACCUUAACUAAUACAGCAGCCGUAAAUAAAAAAUUAAUAAGAAUGACAAGUAUCCACAGCGCAUAUAAAGACGAUGUUCACGAUGUGCCAAUGUCUGUUAUAAUCAGGCCUUUCAUUCCCGAGUUAGACGAAAAAAAGGUGCAUUCUCUUAUGGACACUAUUCAGAAAGAAGAAGUACAGGGUAUUGUUCCUCCAAUAGACAUUCUCUGGAUUAAGGGUAGAGAGGGGGGCGACUACUACUACAGUUUCGGAGGGUGCCAUCGUUUCGCGGCGUACAAGAGACUAAACCGACCCACAAUACCAGCUAAGAUAGUUAAAUCUACUAUCGCAGACUUGCAAACUUAUUUAGGUAGCAGUACACCAGAUCUUAAGUGACCUUGGCAUAGAUAUUGGUGUAAAAAUAUUGAAAUGUCCAACACAAAAUAAUAACCUACGUAUGGAGUUGAUUUUAGAUUGAUGGAUGGAUGUAAAAAACUUAACAUUGGCCAAUAUUAAUUAUAUUGUUGCUUACACAAUCGCAAAUUAAAAUUUAAAGCAAUAUAAAGCCAACAUUUCGUCGCACGUUAUGUGGAAUACAUUUUAAACGAUUUAUUUAUAUUUAU